GCGCGCUGCGCGGUGACGUCACGCCCCUGCUGCCCGCGCCGAGGAGACCCCGCAGCGAGCUGCCAACGCCCGGCCGAGCGUCCGAGGUUCUCUUUGGAGUUGAUAUUCCAGUAGAUUUCAGCUAUGCAGACGAUCAAGUGUGUAGUCGUGGGUGAUGGUGCUGUUGGUAAAACCUGUCUCUUAAUUUCUUAUACAACAAAUAAAUUCCCAUCGGAAUAUGUCCCAACGGUUUUUGAUAACUAUGCUGUAACAGUGAUGAUUGGAGGAGAGCCUUACACCCUGGGCCUCUUUGAUACUGCAGGUCAGGAAGACUAUGAUAGAUUACGACCCCUCAGCUAUCCACAGACAGAUGUAUUUCUGGUCUGUUUUUCAGUGGUGUCUCCUUCUUCAUUUGAAAAUGUGAAAGAAAAGUGGGUACCUGAAAUUACUCACCACUGUCCAAAGACUCCUUUCCUGCUUGUUGGGACCCAGAUUGAUCUAAGAGAUGACCCCUCCACAAUUGAGAAACUUGCCAAGAACAAGCAGAAGCCCAUAACCCCAGAGACGGCUGAGAAGCUGGCCCGGGACCUGAAGGCCGUCAAAUACGUGGAAUGCUCUGCGCUUACGCAGAAAGGCCUAAAGAAUGUAUUUGACGAAGCGAUAUUGGCUGCCCUGGAGCCCCCGGAGCCGAAGAAGACUCGCAGGUGUGUGCUGCUAUGAACGUCCCUCCACUGCCCCUUCUGCAAAGCUGGUGUUUGAUGUCACAUUAAAAGCAAUGUUUAAAUCAAACUAAAGAUACAAAUUCUAAAAUUUGUUUUUUGCAAUAAUGACAAAUGCCCUGCACUCCCAUCUCCCCCACACAAUCCCUGUGUGAGAUGAGAAUGUUAGUGUUUAUUCCCCAGUGCCCCCUCAAUUCAGUUAAACUAGUUAAUUUUGAGUAACUAUGUAUUAUCAGAAAACACUGAUCAGUACUAGUUUUUUAUUUUGUUUAUUGUUUCUAAUUUUUUUUUUGUUUGUUUAACAUCAAGGCAUACUCAAUGACUUUUUCUGUAACAGACUAAUUUUAGGCUGUUUUACUGAAGCCUUGCCCCUUAAGCCAGUCUGGCAAGACUUAGUUCUGGUUUCAAUACCUUGUAGGGCUGUUCUGCAGUCAGUCAGCAGCCUGGGUGUGAGCAGACUUUAGUCAGGAAAGCAAAAUGUCCCAAGCUGGUGCUUCUCUAAGAAGGAGUGCAGAAAAUGCAUCUCCUCUGAAGUUGCCUUGUAUCUUUUUCCGCUGGCUUUUUACUGUGCAGGUCAUAAAUUUCUACCCCAUCCUCUAAAUUAUGAAGCCUUAGGAAUAGGAGAACCAUUUUCUCUGGAUGCACCAUCAGACUUGAAACUAACUUGCCAGUGUCUCACUUAAUCUUUGCCAUCAUAAGCUUUUGGCUCGUGAUGAAGAAAUAACUGCACCUUUGGAAGCAUGCCUAGCUCGAUCAGCCAGCUUUUAACAAAUCCAUCUUCUGCCAAUCCUUAAUUGUUAGAGAAAUGCUUAACCAUGAUCUGCACAUACACUGCUGCUUGGACACCCUGAGGGGGGCCCAGGGUCUGCAGCCAUGGGCUUUGGAGCUGGCUCUGAUGGUGCAUCUCUUGCUGGAUGGCUUGGCAUCCUUCAGGGAGGGGUUGGAAAGACAGACCUGUGUCAGUGGGAAGGAACUGCAGGGAGGGGCUUCUGGUGUUCAGUGUGGCACCAUACCGGGACCAGUUAAUGGAGCCCCUUCUCCUGCAACCUGAACCUGUAAGAUGGACUCCAGCCCCUGAGGGUCAUGUGCAGGGUCUGUAUGCAGACCAACUGCAGCGUCGUAACGAUUUUACCAAAUAUGUGUUUUGGCCUGCAAAUUCAAAGUUUUUUAAGACUUAGUGAAUCUUCUCCAUCUUCCAAAAUUCCAAUUUCUCGUAGACUCAUUAGUGUUGAACCAAUGCUUUUUCAUGUCUAAGUUCUUUGUAUAUGCAUUCUUUUCAGAUGUAUUAAACAUAAAGUAUCUUCACAA